UUUUCUUAUCUUAAUGCUUUUGCACUACUAAUUCUUCUCUCUAUUCAUAUCUUUCAAUCUCUUCUACUUCUCUUCUAACUUUUAUACAUUAAUUUUGGUUUCAAAAAUAUCUAGAAACUGAAGAAAAAAAAUAUUAGAAAUUGAGUUGCUAACUAUAUACAGCUGAUUAAUGUGCAUAAUGGAUCAUCAUCAGCAGGAAAUGACUUCACAAACACUAGAAAGCAUGUUGGUUUGCGCAAAACCAGAUCAAGAUCAAAAGAAGCCAAGGCCUGCAGCAGCAGAGCAACAACCUCAGAAAUGUCCAAGAUGUGACUCUGCCAACACGAAAUUCUGUUACUAUAACAACUACAGCCUGACUCAACCGCGAUACUUCUGCAAAUCCUGCAGAAGGUACUGGACUAAAGGAGGUACGCUGAGAAAUGUUCCAGUUGGUGGUGGUUGUAGAAAAAACAGAAAAUUAUCAUCAGCAAAGCGAUCAAGCCAAGAUAACAUUAGCCCUAACAGCAGUAAUUCCUCAACUGAUUUGAGCCUAGCAUUCGCCAGGCUCCAGAAACAGACAAAUGCGAUCGAUCAAGAACAGGAUACCAACAACAACAUGUCAAUGAUGUACAAUACUAACAACGAUAACACUAGUACCACCUUUCUAGAUGCACUAAGAGGUGGAUUUCUCGAAAAUCAUCACGGAUUGUUUCAACACAACAUGUAUAAUUACGCGAACAUGGGGCAAUUGGUAGAGAAUGGAGAAAUGGGAUUGAGUUAUGAUCAAGAUCAAAUGAGUAUUGGUACAAUGAUGACAACAACGAUGAAGCAAGAGAUGUGCAACGUGGCACGAUCAACAGAAGGUCAUGACCUGAAUGACAACAACAAAGUCUUGUGGGGAUUUCCAUGGCAACAAAUGAGUGGAGAUCAUCAUGUUAACAACAACAUGAAUACAAAUGAUUUUGAAUAUUCAACAAACAAACAAAGUUGGAAUGGAUUUGGGGGUUCUUCUAAUUGGCAUGGACUUAUUAAUAGCCCUUUAAUGUAGAUGUUUAAUUCAUAGAUUAGACAGUUUUAAUUUUUUUAAUUUAAAUAUCUAAGAAUAUUAUGUUUAGAUGUUAUUAAUCCCUAUGUUGUUUUUUUUCUUUUUUUGGUUUUUUGUUUGUUUGUCUAAUAUUGAUUAACAAAUUAAUGAAACUUUUUUUUCUUAUAUUC